AUGUCAGAUUGGGGUGGGUUUUCGGACGCAGAACUUCGCCACCUCCGAAGUGGCGGCGAUUCAACAGCGACCAAAGCUAAACCAGCCUCGUCCAAAUCGCCGAAAAAGGCACUCGCCGCUAAAAAGACCUCAAAGCCAAAACCGCCGAAAAAAUUACCUGAUGAAGCCCUCCUUCCUACUAGUACAAACGCUGAACCAGCUAAACAGGAACCCAAAGAAGAAAUCCAAGUGAACAAAGUUGACACCUCAUCAAAUCAACCUGAAGUACCGGAUUUUAUUGAAGAAGAAGUGGCCGAGCAAAAGAAAAAGAUGGAGAUCCAAGAAGUCGAGAAGAUCCAAAAAGAGAUGGAGGAGAAGAAUAAAAGGCGAAGAGCCGCUCUAGCUCAAGAAGUCAUCUCUCGCCAAAAGAAAGCUGCAUUGGAAAGCAAAAUGCUCGCGACGAUUCAGGAUGAAUUAGUUAAAUUGGAUAACCUGCUUAAUGCGGACGUUGCCGUAAUCCGCGAUCAAAUCGACAAGGCUUGCGUAGAAUUUAGCGAAGCAAAUCGUCGAUUUCAAACAGCAGAGAAAGAGUACGUCGAUGCUAAGUUCGACCUCCAGCAAAAACUGAGACAAAGCAAAGAAAAAGCAGCUGAAGAAGCUGAGAAAAAUUCACAGAGCACUGAAGCACCUGAAAACACCACUGAAAACACUGAAGAGGCGGCACCUGCUGCCUCUCCGACGCCUCAAGAAAUCUCAAGAGAUCAACCUGCUCAAGACCUAUCAAAGCCUGCUGCUGAAACUCCAUCGAGCUAA